CUAGGACUGUUGUUGCCCUACGAGGAGGGAGUGUUCAUAGAAAUCCCUCCGUAGGAUGCUCGUACUGGGGAUUUAGAAUCCAAGAUGGAGGCUAUCAGUAAAGUAGGACAUGAUAUGAGUCUGGCAGCUUUAAAACAGAAUGACCCUUAUAUUAAUAGAAUCAUCGAUGUAACCGGGCAGGUAGCACUCUAUACCUUUAACUCCAAAGCAAACGAAUGGGAGAAAACCGACAUUGAGGGUACCUUAUUUGUGUACGCCAGGUCAGCUUCUCCAUAUCAUGGCUUUACGAUAAUGAACCGGCUGAACAUGAAAAAUCUUGUGGAGCCCAUUAACAAAGACCUAGAGUUUCAGCUCCAGGACCCAUUUCUUCUGUACAGAAAUUCAAACUUGUCCAUUUACAGCAUCUGGUUUUAUGACAAGAAUGACUGUCAACGAAUAGCUCAGCUUAUGUCACAAGUGGUGAAACAGGAAAUACAAAGAGCCAAGCAGGCAUCCCCUGAUGGAAACAUUCCCAGUAAGAGCAAUGGCAGUGCGGAAGAGAGGCCUAUUGACAUCCUGGAGAUGCUCAGUAAAGCAAAGGAUGAAUACGAAAGGAAUCAAGCUGGUGAAUCAGAUGUUGCCUCCAGCACUGAAUUUGUUCAUAACUGUGAGCCACUUAAAUCUACUGCAGAAUCAGCUGAACACUUACAGUCUUUAUCCCAACAAGAUAAGCUUGUUCACCCGGGGCUGAAACAGAUAACCAUCGAGGAGCUGUUUGGGAGCUCUUUGCCGAAGGAACAGAACCUCAUGAGUUUCCCCAAUCAGAAUGCCACAGAACCAAGCCCACCCGAUAGUUCCCUUCAGAGUCAUAGCUUUGUGCCGCCUUUCCCCUUUGAGCCAGUGCUGAUGCCCAGAGUUACAGCGGAGGGUUGCAGUGACCACCUGGGCACCCCUACCAAGAACGAGGCAUCCACACAGAUGCACCCUGUUGCAGCGCUCGUCCCUGUACCGGAUGUGAAGAAAAUCCCCAACUACAACAUCCAGUCCAGCCCAGUGUUUCACCCCCCUGGCCCCACGGAUUGUUCUCUGCCUAAACGGGGCUCCGAUGGCGGCAAGAUGAUGGGGAUGCAGCAGGCCCACAUGUCUUCGCCACUCCUGGUGUGCCAUCCAGCUUCUAAGCCGCUGAACCCCUCGCCCCAAGUGGGCGCUCAGCCUGUCCUGUGCCCCCCUGCCGCAGGAAGCAAUGCCGUCGGCAUGAGCUUCAUCAACCAGGACUUCCUCCACAAGCUCAAGACGCCCUCACAGCAAGAUCAGCUGCAGCAGCCAGUCCUGCACAAGCCAGCCCUGGCUCCCAGUUUCCUGCCUUCCCACAGCCAUCUGGCAACACCGGAGUGCUUUAAGGAGCCUGUGGUCAAACCAGGAGCGUUCAACAGCAUGCCAGUGGCCCCUAUUCAGUCUCUUCCGCAAAAUAAAGAAGUGGAUGUUUUUGCACAGUCUAAAAGCAUAUCAAAUACAUUACCAGUUGUACCCAUGCAGGCUGUCUCAGCGGUGUCUGGAGUGGAGCCAUCAGUCCUCCUGUCCCCCAGUGUGUUCCAGCAGGCUGCAGCCAAGCCGACAGAGACCGAAAUCAAGCUCAUCUCUACCUCUCCAUUAACUCUCGGGACAGCCGAACCUCCGACCAGUCUCCCCACAGCGUUGUUCAGCAAGACCCAGCUCCAAGACGCCUUGAUUCACCUCCUGAAGAAUGAUUCCAAGUUCCUCAGUACCAUUCAUGAAGCCUAUCUACAAGUUCUAGCAAAGGACCUAAACAACAUUAAGCUAUAGCCAGUGGGACUCCAAAAUGUGGCGUGACUAUGAACUCCUGGAACUGCAAUCAGAAAUAUAACCUUAUUUAAAAUACUGAGGUACUCUUUAGUGUGUAGCAGUACUGAGAUAUAUUUAAGAAACAACAUCUAUAUUUAGCUUUCUAUGACUAUGGAACAAGACUGGCAUAUUCAACCAGAAGAACUGUAACUACAUUUUGGUUUGUUACAAGUGGGGUUUCCUUAGAGAAAAAAAAAUGGCUCUUGUGUUGAGUUACAACAUAUUGAAGUGUUAUUUUCUGUUUUGUGUGAUUCUGAAGUUGUCAGUCAGUUUAUGAAAUGGAAGCAAUUAAUUUUUAAGUACAUUCUUUAUCACACUGUUUUGAGGGAUAUUGGUAUGUUACUUGUGCUUGAACUAUAGCCCAUUACUUUUUUGUGAGACAUGGGAGACAAUGCAGUUUGUGUGGUUGGUCAUGCAGUAAAUACCUACUGCAGUAAAGUGUUGAUUUCCUAACAUGGGGAUAGUUUUGAAUGAAUGUCAUAUUCACCCUGGGGUUUCUUUACCAGUACAUUUUCCAUUGCAGCCUUAUGAACUAAAAGACCCAUUCCCAGUCACAUCUUGUGAGCUGAACGCCAGGUGAAAGACACUAAUCGGACAUGUAAAAUUUUCAUAUACAGGUGAUUUUGUUUUUGCUAUCCUUGCCGUCACCUCAACGGUUCUGUCAGCAUCCAUUUUCUAAAAAUAUCAAAACUGGCAAAUACAGUAGUUUGGACAUUUUCGUAGUCAUUUUACCAGUGGAUGGUAAAAGAGGAAUGUGUAUUUCAACAGAGAUUUCGUUAGCAACAAUAAAGGCUUAGUCCCCAGUGCUGAUUAAUAAUCACAUUAUUAAACAUUUUCUCGCAUCAGUAGUUUGCUUACUCCCCAUGCUAGAGCCAGGCAAGUUUAUUUUUUAAAUCCCUUUCGGUAAUGGAAGCUUGAUUAAUUCAUUUGAUUCAGGCCAAUAAAUCAGCCUCUUUUGCCAUGAGGGCUGAGUGCACAGAUUGUUCUAAAAGACCUUGAGAGGCCACUUUCAAGCAUGUGGAAAUAACUGAUAAUGAUUCCAAUAAAUGUCCAGCAGAUGUGGGUGCAUAAAAAAUAGAAAUUUCUUCAUUACAAUGACUGUGUCCAAGUAAUUUCUGAAAAUGUACUGCUUUCGUGCUAAUGACUUUUGUUGCUGUUACAACUGGUAUUGACAAAAGUAUGUUCUAAUCCCCCCCUUGCCUUUCAAAGAUACUGUGUGUAUAUGUACUAUGACAAAACUAGUGUCAAGAAGCAAAGAUUUUGCAUUUGACUGUUUUGAUGAUUUUGAUGAAAGUCGCUGAGAACCCAAACCACGUUUUUUCCAGUAGUCACAACAUGAAGCCAUUGCGAUGAUAAAUAGUGCAGUGAUAAAUCUUUGCUUUUGGAUGUAGAAACUUCAUACCUUUCUUAAUCUAGAAGAAACUCUGUUCCAAACGUCUGAGAAGGGCAGUUGAGAUCAUAAGUUCCUGAAACUGUCGUAAACCAGAUUGUGAAGUUGAAUGUAUUCAUGAUUAGGGGUUUGAUGUCUUUUUUCCACCCCUGCCCCCACAUCUCCUAAAUGAUGCAGGGUAAUAACAUGAUGCAUUAAUGUAUGGUUUUCUUUUGAGCCUAGAUCUAAUCUUUUAGCCAAUGAAGAUGUUACAAAUGAAGCAGAUUUUUCACAGACAUUAGCUUUAAGACUAAGAAGUAAAUUACCUGCCAACAUAAUGUGAAGUAUUUAGACCAGAUCAUUUUUAAGAGUUAUACAGCAUAUUACAUUUCUGGUCACUACAUGCCUUUAUGUGGGAGUAAAGGAAAUGACAAGGCUGUUUAGUUUUACUUUAUUUUUAAGUCUGUUUCUAAAAAGAUGCAGUUUUCGGGUUCGAAGCAUGUAGCUUUUAAAUGCAGCUGUCCAUAUUUAAGUUUUUUAAGAUUAAAAUAUUUUAGAGUCAAUUUUACUGUCCUGAUGUGAAUCUCUUGUUUCCUUAUCACUGCAUUUAAGACCCAAGUAUUUUGUUUUCUAGUACUGUAAUCCUAUAAAGAAAUUUGGGAUUAUUUUUAAAGAAAGAUGUUGUUAAGCCAAAAGCUGUCAUUUUCAACCAGUAUUGUUUUCCAGUUUGCCUUGACAGUGGUAUGGUUAAUAAAAAUUCUGUACCUUUGGGGAGAUGUCUGUAAGUUUCAUUGUAAAUUAUGGUUAUUUUGUUGUCACAAUUUUGUACAGUUACAAUUAUAUUUUUUUAUCUUAAAAAUAAAAUUUGGUGUUUUUCAGCA